AAAAAUAAAAGAAUAAAUUGGUAUGAGUAGAGUAACAAAGUAAGCGCUAGAGUGCAUUAACAAAGAAAACAUUGAAGCAUUGCGAAUUGUUAAAGAACGAACAACAACAACAAGUGAAUAAAAUAAACGUGCAACGCUUGCGGCGUGAAAUCUGUGCGAUUUGUUGUAAAAAUAUUGAAAAAGGUUUUUUAUGUGGCGCAACCAACAGCAGAAAAUCUGAAAGCGGCAAAUUAGAGCGUAUCAAGUUUGAAAAAUCGAACAGAAUGGAUGAGGACCACGACGACGACAACAUAAUAUGAGAUCAGAUGGGGCUGUAAAGCCCCACCAUAAAGCUUUCGUCUCCACUGCUCACGGCAGUCGUAGUAAAGACGCUAAACUAUACAUACGAAACAAAUGUUAGCGAAUGAAUGUGAGGAAAAUACAACGUUCGUAUCAACCAUUGUUAUCGCUUCAAAUAAACACUGUUGCUGCCGCCGUUCACACAACUGCCGCUUCUGCUGUUGCUGAUGCUUUCGUGAUCGUCGUCGUCGUUGUCGUUGUCGUCGUCGUCGUCGUCGUUGUUGCUGUCGCCGCAAAUGUUGCCGUUAUUGCUGAUUAUCGAACAGUCUAUGUUACACUGCGGCUCGGACCGGAUAGUAAUAGCAAAGGGAAUCGUAAGAGGCAUACCCAACAUUACAACAGCAACUACUUAAUAAUAUUAAUAACAACAACAAAAAGAAAAACAAAAACGUACACAAUUAAAAACAAUGCACGCCAUUGUUAUGAGCCGUUAGACGAUCAAAACAAUCGCAAUGCUAUUAUAAAAUGCGACGAGAAAAACAUUCUAGAAAAAUAUAAAUGUGUAGUUUGUAAAAUUAACAAAAAUACAAUUAACUCUACGAAAGCUUUAACACGAAAUAACGAAAACACCGAUUUUAAGGAUACUCGUCUAAGUGAAAUGGCCAGCAACGUACAUAAAAUGGAAACGUCUCUGAAUAUUUCGCCAUCGGUGGAACGCCACGACGCCGAUGUCGAUCGCGGCGUGUCCGUGUCAGGCAAUUACAAUCAGAAUGUCACAACUAAGUCCAAUACUAAAAGUAGUGCAUUCCUAACGUUGCCAUUUCUAACGGUUUUCUGGCUAUCAAUUUGUGGUUUCGCCACUUCAUUAUUCAAUAUUCAAGCGUUCGCCGCGAAAAUGCUGCGCCUACAAGAAUCGCUAGUACUGUGUGGCAUUACGGGCAACAACAACCAACAUCAUGGGAAACCAAGUGGCGGCUCACCAUUAGUGCCAUCGCUGCUGACACAGUUGCCUGCGCGUAAGUCGUUGCCGACACGACUACCCCGAACAGCCGCGGCCGCAGCAUCCACAUCACUAGUUGGCAGUGACUUGUGCGCCAGUUCAUUUACGUCAAUGAUUUCUACACCGCAAACACGUGUCCCUUUCACCAUUUCGUAUGUGUUCUAUGCCAUGUUCAUCCUUUUCCUGUUGCCCACGGUGCACAGCGAUGAUGGUGACAAUUUCUUCUUAGUCAACACUUUCAGCAUGAGCCCGGAAACUACCACCCCACCAUUCGACUAUGCCAGCCGAGGACAAAAGAAGUUCGGCGAUAAGUGUGAGAACACAUUGGAGUGCGGCUUUCCAGGUUCCAUUUGUGAUGCUAAGAAGAAGUCAUGUCAAUGCACUGAGGAUUUACCGGUGACCAAUCAUAUUGAUAAAUGUGGAAAAGAGGCUGCUGUGAAUGAGUCUUGUUUCUUUAACGAACAAUGCGAGGUAAAACACUAUCAAACCGAAUGCCGUGAUGGACGCUGCGCUUGCCGUUAUGAAAUGAUGCCCUUUUGGGGCAAAGAUGGGACAGUCGAAUGCAAGGGGCGCGGCGACAAGCGUGGACCAGAGACCUAUAUCGAUCCGGCAAUGAUUGGCGUACUGGUAGGAAUGGCAUUGAUGUUUAUUAUAAUUUGUGUCGUCCUUCGAUUAUUUAGCCAGGCACGUUGGCGUGAGAACCGGACAAUUUUCAACACACCGAAUCCACGUCUCAUGAACGUAUCGCUUUUGCGUGAUAGCAAACUCUUGCACGGCCAGGAGCGACGCGGCUCGCGUAUGUCGGUGCGAGCACCGUCGCGCCAGCCGAGCAUGGCUUCGCUACGUCCGCAUUCGCCGAAUCCGUCGUUAGGUAAGACAGGGUCACAUUCGGGCAGCGCCAGCGCGAGCAACGCAUCAGCCACGUCUAUACGUUCGACGCGUAGUAAUUCCGUGGCACCAGGCAAUGUAGCUAAUGUCGGUCAGCUGGAGAGGAAGGGCUCGCAGUAUCACAAUCAGCAUCAACAUCAGCAUCCACAUCAUCAACAACAACAACAGCAACAACAAAUGCCGCUUAUCACCAAUAUCACUGCUAAUCCAGCAGCUGAAAGUGUGGCGGUCGAGAUUAUAGUCCCGGAAAAGUGAUUGAUUGCAGUUGAUUGAGGGAGAAACAAGAAGUAAAACACAAAAAAUCGAGUAUAUGAAAUAUUAAAAAUGCAUGCUAAUACAAAUGAAAACAAAAACAAAAAAAUCUAAGCGUAUACAUAUAUAAUAUAUACACUUGUGUGUAUGAAAAAAGUAAAAGAAGACAAAUCAAAAGAAGUACUUGUAGUUGAAACUGCAAGCAUGUUCAAAAAACAAGAAACAAAAACACACAGAAAAACAAAAAUAAAAUUACGUGCAUAUAUAAAAUUAAAACGAGAGUGAUGGUUAUAGCUAAGCACAAGUCAAGUAGUUGCAAAAAGCGUAUGAGUGAGUAACACAUAUGCAUUUGCUAAAAACUGCAAAAAAACGAAAAAAAAAAAAAAAAAAAAAAAUAAAAAAAAUUAAUAAAAAAAGAUAUAUUUAAAAAAUUAAUAAAAAAAAAAUAUUUAAGAUACUACUUUAUUUUAACAGCAAAUAAUGUCAUACAAAAACGAAAUAACGCAAAUACACAGAAAAAUGCUUUGUUAAAAACGAUAAAAAAAACUUGCAUAACAAAUUCAUAUUUUUAUUUCUUCUUCUUCAAAAAACAAUUAUUACAAAAAAAAAAAUAUACAUAAACGCGUAUACUUGCAGCUUUUAACACCAAAACUAAAUAAAAUAAUUUAUGUAGCAGAUAACCGUUAUACAUAUGUAUGUAACAAUACGUAUGCACAUAUGUAUAUGCACAUAUAAAACACAAAACCAAAUAAAUACACCGUAACUUUAAGAAAAAUAUUCACACUGAUUAUAAAAAAUAGUAAAAAAUAACGCGAGUAAUUUUAAAACGCAGAUACUUAACCAAAUUAAACGAAAUAUUAGCUUUAAAUUCGGGCAAGAAAACAAAAAAAGACACAUUAAACCUAAAGAAAAACUCUUUAUAAUUAAGUUACUUAACUAUUAUUUCGUGAAAAUCGCAUGAAAAGUAUAAUGAAUCUUUCGCUGACAUUCAUCUUCCUAUCCUAGUGAUAUUACAAAUGUAAGCAAACACACACACACAGACACAUAUAUUACAACAACAUUUUUACACAAUAUUGCAGAGCUAUCGUACACGCCAAAUUUUUCUAUAUAAAUUAAUAAAUAAAAAACAAAAACAAAACCAAUUUUUUUAAUAGAUAUACCAUUGCAUGUAUGUACCUUAAAAACCGGCGGUAAGCACAAUAUUACAAUAACCACGGUAGUUACAGAAGAUACUAAAAAUAACGAUUAGAAAAACGAAUAAAUAGCAUAAACAAUAGUGGAAGAAAAUAAAAACAUAGCAAAUCCUACACACUUAACUACAAACAGAACGAAACUUUGAAUACAUACCUAGCAAAUUUUUCGGAAUCAUAUUUUACAAAACCAAAAACCAAGAAAUAUGUAAAACAAAAAAUAGAAAUACAUAUGUAACUACGCAAUACAUAUAUACGCUAUUUAUUUUUAAACAUACGUCUUUUGCGCAAAUAGAUUUAUUUUUAAAAUCAAUUUAAAUAUACUUAUGAAAAAAAUUAUAAAAAUAAAGUAAAAAAAAUACUACGCAAGCGCCAUUUGUGCACCUUAAACAUUUUUACUCUUAAAAAAAUCGCGUACAACACUUUUAAACAUUUAGGGACUUUUCAUACACACAACCAUACAUACAUACAUACAUAUAAGAUGGUAUUCAAAAUUCUAAUAUUCCGAUAGAGCGUAAGGCGCAUAUUGAAACAUUUCAUAUUCGAAUAAAAUAUUUUCAAAUAGAUUGAACUAGCGGUGUAGUAUUGAAAUUAGCAUAAAGAUAAUUAAUUAAAAAAGUAAAAAAAAAAACAAAUUGCGACUUGUGAUUUGUGACGCGUUUAGGCCGAAAAAAAAAAUAUUAAAAACCAUAAAAACCUUCGUAACAAGGCGUUAUUAAAAAAAAAUUAUUUUAAAAGCGUACGCUUUAUGAAAAACGUCAAUAUUUUGAGGUUAUGCACCAACUACGCUGCAAGCAGCGCGUUGUUUUCAUUUUGACGCUUAUGUAAUAUAUAUAACAUUUCACAAAAAAGUAAAUAAUAAUAAUAAAGCACAAACCGUUCAUAUUUGCAAUAUCAUAUUUCAGUUUCGUUACUGGCAACGCUAUAACCGGCGAGUGAAAAAUUGGGGAAGAUUUUUUACUCGCAUGUUAAAGCAUGAUUUUUUCAAAACAAAAACAAAACUGCAACAUUUCUUGCUCAAUUUACUAUUACUACAUUUGGCAAAAGAAAUUUUAUAGAAAACUUAAAAUUUUAAUUUUUAAUUAAUAUACACUUUAUUUUACCAGGCGCCUAUUUUCUUGCAUUUCAUUUCAAUUUCCUCUACAAAAAUGCAUAAUACUCUAAUCUGUGUACAUUUAAGAACAUGCAAACAUAUGUCAAUACAUGUCUGUAUGUAUAUUUGCGAUGCCUUUACAUGUAACUAUUAAACGAACUCGAAAACGUCUAUAUACAUACAUAAUAUUAAGUCAUAGAAGUUCAGAUUUAUUUUCUAUAAAAUUACGAAAAAUAUUAGAAGAAAAAAAUUGUAAAUACGCAACGAAAUCUCAAUGAAAAUUACAUUCUUGCGUUUAAUAAGCGCGACGAGUGGGCAAAAACAAUUCCGAUUUUAGAAUUUGGGGAAGAAUUUUAAAAUUGCUUUGUUUUUAGUAGAAACGCCAACACAUAAAUAUGUAUAUGUGAACACGUAAAUGUACUAUAAGAAAAUUGUACAAAAAGUCUACUAAAGAAAAAAUAAAAAAAAACAUAGUAACAACUCUCACAAAUGCGAUUGCCUAGACGUUUUUAAAGUAGUUUAAAAAUCGAUAGCUUUUAAUGCAAAUAUCAAUAUAAAAAGAAAAAGAAAAAGAAAAAAAUACAGACAUUACAGAAAUAUUAUGUUAUAAAAUAACACACGAUCUCUUUCUCUAAGCAAAUCAAGCUUAUAUAUAUAUACAUGUAUAUGUUAAAAAGAAUUUACAUGAAAACGUGAUGCAAAUUAAAUUAAAUGAAUACAUACAAACACAUACACAAAGCUAAUUUCGUACAUCUACUUAUAUAUUACUUGUGAAAGAAUGCUUUAUUUACUUUAUAGCAUGUACCUAACGGUUAUUAAAAAUGAGUGCAUAUACUCGUAUAUAGUGAUUAGCUAUAUAUUUGAUAUAUAACUGUAAACACAUCUACACUUUGUAUAACAAACGAGUAAAAGAAAAACGAAAACUUAAAAUCUAUCCAUUUUUAAUCUUUAUACGAAAGCGUCUAGAAAUAAAUGAUUGAUAUGAAAGUUUUCCAAAUAUUAACAAUAUAACCAAAAAAUUAAUAAUAAUUAGAUAACAUAUUAUCGUUUAGAAAGAAUUUAUUUACUAUCCUUACACAUCCCAAACAUAUUUAUGUACGCUAUAUAAGUUCUAUCCACUCUUGUGGCGCCUUGCAGAAAGUGAACGAAAAUAUUUACAUUCACACGUACAUACCAUUUACAUACAUAUAUGAAAACAAAACUUAUUAAUUACACAAAUAUCUAAACAUGCAAACAAAUAUAAUAUAUACAUACUUAUACGCUAAAUAUAUUGCAUUCAUGUAUGCUUACACGCGUAUUAAACACAUAUGUACAUGCAUAAAAAUUCAUGCAAAAUAUGUUACAUACAUAUUGGCAUACACCAACUAAUGUGUAUUUAUAUAUGACAACCAAAUGCCGUAUCACAAUCUUUAACAAUGCAUUACAAUCAAUUUAGUUCAAAAAUAUUUUACGUAAUAAAACACUUUGUUAUAGUUCUGUUUAACUUGAACGUAACGCAACACAGAAAAUAUAUGUUCAUCAUAUAAACGCAUACAUAAAUAUAUGCAACACAUAACUUCAUACAUGUGUACUAAUAAAUUGAACGAUUUAAUAUAUUAUAUUUGAACAAUUUCUUCAACUGAAAAAAAUGUUAUUUUAAUUAAAUAAGAAUUUGCAAAAAGCUUUAAAACCGCUGAAUCAAGCCAAUAUCGGCUUUAGUUAAAUUUUUAAAUUUUUUGUUUCCAAACUGGUUAUUUAAUUUAAUAAUUUACAUAAACAAAUUACGCAGUACAUCAUAUAAUCUCACUACGUAAUGCCAUUCAAACCAAUAUACAUACAUAUAUUGACUUAUGACACAAUCACAUAUAAACAAAGUUUAGGAAAUCGAUCACUUUCUGAAAAAGCAUACUAUUCUAGCAGCAUCAAAACCAAGAAGGAGAAAAAUAAAUAGUUGGAAUCUUAAACACUUUAUAUUUAAGCAAUUUUAUUAAAAUAUAUUGCCAUUACUGAGGAAAAAA